GAGCGCAGGAGAGCGGCCGCUCCGCAGCUCCGGCCCCACGCCCGCGGCGCGCACGGGGCGGCGCUGGAUGCGCCGGCGGCGGGAGGCGGGCGGCAGCCGAGCGGGACCCCGCGCAGCGGCGCGGAGCGCGGCGCGAUGAGCGCGGGCAGCGGCAGCGGCGCCGCCGGCGCGGCGGGCACCGCCACCUCCGCGCUGUGCCUGCUGCUCUCGCUCACCGCCGUGGCCGUGUGCCUGCUGCUGGGCGCCAAGACGGCGGAGCUGCAGGGCCGGCUGGCCGCGCUGGAGGAGCGGGGCGCCGCCGGGCACGGGCCGCUGCUGGACGCGCUGCAGCCCCGCGUGGAGCAGCUGUUCCGCGAGAAACUCGGCGAAGGACUGGCGAAGCUGCGGACGGCGCGAGAGGCUCCCCCGGACUGCGUGUGCCCCCCAGGGCCCCCGGGCAGGCGAGGGAAGCCCGGCCGGCGCGGAGAACCCGGACCUGCAGUAAGUAUCGUGGAUUUUACUGUUGGAUCAACAAAGUUAAGGCUUCCUCUUUCCCUGCCUUUCAGUGUCCUUGCAAAAGCACAACAUUUUUUGGUAGAGGGGCCUCUUGGCUUGGAUGGCAAACCAGGACCUCCAGGACCAAAAGGGGAAAAGGGGGAAGCAGGAGACAUUGGCCCAAGGGGUUUCAAAGGCGAGCCAGGAGAGGAUGGAGUCAUGGGUGCCAGAGGACCUCCAGGACCAAAGGGUGAGCCUGGUGUCCAGGGGAAAAAGGGUGAUGAUGGGAUCCCUGGGGAACCAGGACUUGUGGGCCCUAAGGGAGAAAAAGGAAGUGUGGGUCCCAAGGGGGAGAAUGGCACAGAUGGCUUCCCAGGACUAAAGGGUGAACCUGGUGAGAAGGGAGGAAUUGGCUCCAUUGGACCCCGGGGUCCCCCUGGGCUGAAAGGGGAGCAGGGAGACACCGUCGUGAUCGACUACGACGGCCGAAUCCUGGACGCGCUCAAGGGUCCACCAGGUCCCCCAGGGCCACCGGGCCCCCAAGGCACUCCAGGUCCCAAGGGAGAGCUGGGCUUGCCAGGUCCACCUGGAAUGGAUGGUGAAAAGGGUCCCAAAGGAGCAAAGGGUGACCAGGGCAGCAUGGGGACCAUGGGGCAGAAAGGAGAGACAGGAGAAAUGGGCUCAGCAGGUCCCCCGGGAGCAGAAGGGCCAAAAGGAGACAAAGGAGAAAAAGGAGACACUGGGUCACCAUGUCUGCAGAAUAAUCAUAUCAUACCUGAGCCUGGACCCCCUGGCUUACCUGGCCCUAUGGGUCCUCCAGGAAUCCAGGGGCCUAAAGGUUUGGAUGGUGCAAAGGGAGAGAAAGGUGACAGUGGUGAGAAGGGGGACCAAGGUGACACCGGACCUGCUGGUCUCCCAGGUGCUCCAGGGCUCAUUGGUUUACCUGGUACCAAAGGAGAAAAGGGAAAGCCAGGGGAGCCAGGAUUGGAUGGUUUCCCUGGUCUCAGAGGAGAGAAAGGAGAGAGAAGUGAAAGAGGCGAGAAGGGUGAACGAGGAAUACCAGGGAGAAAAGGGGCCAAAGGACAGAAGGGGGAACCAGGCCCCCCUGGACUGGAUCAGCCUUGUCCUGUGGGACCAGAUGGACUGCCAGUAGCAGGAUGUUGGCAUAAGUGAUCUCUAAGCAUGAAGCACAAUAUGUAAAUAAUGUGAUAUAUUUUGAUCUUUUUAAUUUUUGUA